AUGGCUCCGCUAGCGAGCUGGCUCCCAAUCCUCAGCAGCACAAUCCUUGCGAUCACCGUCUGCUGCACGCUCUCCAUCACGGCCGCUGUUCUCUACACAGUCCUCCUCGUCCCUUACCAGCACUGGGCCUUCCUGCGCAAGCAAGGCCUGCGCGGGCCGCCGUUCCGCCCGGUCCUCGGGCAACUCCCGGAGCUGCGCGCGUCGGUGAGGCGGCGCGCCGCGGAUCCCAAGUACGCCGCCCGCGUUGCGGCGAUCGCCGAGGACGACAUUGCGCUUUAUGGCAAGGUUUGCAUCUCCCAGAUGCUUGGACCCGACGUGAGAUUGGUGCUCGCGGAUCCGGCCGCGAUCAAGGAGGUGUUAGGGUCCAAGGCGCACGCGUUUGCGAAGCCGCCGGACGUGUCGCGGGACUUUCUGGAGCCGCUCGGCCCCACGGGGCUGAUCCUGAGCGACGGGGUGCGGUGGGCGGCGUCGAAGAAGAUGCUGAACCCGGCGUUCUACCACGAGCGGAUCAAAGCCAUGAGCCACACAAUGACGGCGUGCACAUCCGACGCCGUCGACCGUUGGAUGAAAAGCGUCGCUACAGGCAGCCAAGAAGUGGACAUGUAUAAGGAGCUUUCCAAACUGAGCUUCUGCGUCAUUGCGCGGACGGCGUUCGGCAUCCGUGACGCAGGAACGCAGCUGAUCGCGGAUCAGAUUUUCACCAGCGUCGAACGCUUUUGCGGCCUGAACGUGAAAAGCGUGCUCAGCGGAAUGGCCUUCAUCGGGGGCUACAGGCAAGCGCGCCUGCCGACGCCCCUCAACCGCAAGAUCGACCGCGAGGCGCGCACCAUCCGCCGCCUCGGCCUGCGCCUGAUCAAGCCGAAGCAGGCGGAGGGCCCGGGGAAGGCUAACCGGGACAAUAUUUUGGACAUUAUGCUGGCGUACCGGGACGAAGCGACCGGGGCCAAGCUGACGGACGACCAGCUCUUGGACCAGUGCAUGACGUUCCUCUUAGCGGGCCACGACACGACCGGCGCCCUGAUGACGUGGACGCUCUAUCUGCUGCUCGCGCAUCCCGACUAUUACAAAAAGGCACGGGAUGAGGUCCUCGAAGUGUUGGGGAAGUGUGACUCCGACGCCGUCCCGUCUGAGGCCCUCCCAAAGCUAAAGAUGCUCCACUGGAUCUUGCAAGAGAGCAUGCGGCUCUUUCCCCCGGUACCCAUGAUGGUCAGAAAAGCGAUCAAAGACACGCAGAUUGGGGACAUCCUUGUUCCGAAGGGGCUGAAUGUCGCCAUCACGGUGUACCCUGUCCACGUCGACAAGGCGAUCUGGGGCGACGACGCUGCGGAGUUCCGGCCGGAACGAUUUGCCAACGGAGUGAGCGGCGCCGUCAAGCAUUCGGCGGGCUUCAUCCCCUUUUCUACCGGGCCUCGAUACUGCAUUGGCCAGAACUUUGCACUGACGGAGGCCAAGAUCGUGCUGGCCAAGCUGCUCUCGGCGUUUUCGAUGGAUCUCUCCCCGAAGUACCGCCACGUGCCGACGUCCCUCAUCUCGCUGAGACCGCGCUAUGGGCUGCCCGUGCUGCUGACGAGACGGGCCGCCGAGCAGCCCCCGAAGUACGGGGGGGGAUAA